AUGAAAGGAAGUGGAGAUGGUCAUCUUAUUUGCAGAGAAAUGCAGUUUCAUCUUUGGUUCGAUCCAACUAAAGGUUUUCACAAUUAUGCUAUCCUUUGGAACCCCAAUGAAAUCAUAUUUUUUGUGGACGAUGUACCAAUCAGAAGGUACCCAAAGAAAGGUGAUGCAACAUUUCCAUAAAGGCCAAUGUUGUAUGGUUCGGUUUGGGAUGCUUCAUCGUGGGCUACAGUGGAUGGAAGGAUUGAAGCUAAUUAUAGGUACCAACCUUUCAUUGGAAAAUACAACAAUUUCAAGAUAGGUGGUUGUAUCACCAAUGAUAAUCCUUCAUGCCACCUCCCUUUUGGCUCUCCGUCGAGGGUUGGUGGGCUGAGCCGUCAACAGAGUGAUGCUAUGGAAUGGGUGCAAAGGAACUAUAAAGUAUACGAUUAUUGUCGUGACCCUCAAAGAGAUCGUACUCAUACACCUGAGUGCUAG